AUGUCUUAUGUUCGCGGAAGACCUCCUCUAAAAGAAAUCUGGUUGAACUUUACAAAAGUUGCUGAACCUGAUAAACAUGGUCAAAAAACACCUCACCAAAAAUGCAAUUAUUGCGAAGAAGACUGUGUUUAUUCAGUUGACCAAUUAAAAGAUAAAUUGGAUGUGGAUAGUAUAUUAGCAAGGUUUUUUUAUUCAGUUUGUAUUCUUUUUACAGCUGUUGAAAAUCCUUUCUGGGAAGAAUUUAUGGAAGCCAUACAAUAUUAUAUUAAAACUGUAUACCCAUUUUAUAUUAGUCCUAAUUAG